AUGCCGUCCAGCGGCGAACUACGAAAGACGUUCGUCGAGAAGCUCGGCACUGUCACAAUCCUCAGAUCGCAACAUGCUCGGAUAGACGUCCAGAUGGCGUUCGACGCAUCCGACGGCUUCGCUGCCGUGAACGGGGCGCACGACCUUGCCGAGGAGAGCCUGCCCAUCUUCGACGUCGAGCGGGUGCAGCUCCAGUUCUCCAUCGCCGCCGACUUCGUUGCCGCCCAGGUCGCCAACAAUGUGCUGGUGCUGGCCCUCUCGAACGGCCGCAUAUUGCGCAUCGACCUGAACAGGCCGGAGGACAUAGACGACAUCGACCUCCCUAAGCGCGUUUCCGAAGUAGGCGUCAUCCGACGCAUGUUCCUCGACCCUACGGCCUCGCAUCUCCUCAUCUGCACAACGCUCGGCGAGAACUACUACCUACACACACAAUCCCGACAGCCGCGACCGCUGAGCCGGUUGCGCGGCGUCUCGAUCGAGUCGAUAGCGUGGAACCCGUCGUCCCCUACCGCUACUACCCGCGAGAUACUGGUUGGCGCUGCCGACGGCAAUGUCUACGAAACCUUCAUUGAGACAUCGACCGAGUUCUACCGCAAGGAGGAGAAAUACCUAAAGGCUCUACAAAAGCUCCCUGAUGGACCCGUCACGGGGCUUUGGGUCGACAACAUGGCCGGCAAGGCCGACAUGAGGAGAGUAGUUAUCAGCACACAGAGCAGAUUGUUUCACCUGGUAGGACGGGUCGGGCGAAGCGGUCACGAGGGCAGCGGAUCGAUAUACACCAGGUUAUUCGAUGGAGAACAGCCCGUCGUCCACGAACUUUCGAAGGGACCUGCUCCCGCCCCCUCUUCGUUGUCUAUCUCGCCGGACCCCCCGGACUCCAAUACCCUCGAGGAUGCAUUGCCAGAACGGGCAUUUGCUUGGCUGUCGUCACAGGGUGUCUACCACGGGAAGCUUCUGACAGCACCAAGCAGCAAUGAUUUGGGCAAUAAGGUAUUUGGCGAAGCGAAGCUGUUGCCUCGAGCUCAAAUUAUCCCGUCCGAGGUCUCGGGUCGGAAGAAACCCUCGUCUGACUUUAUCGACGCAAUUGUGCUGACGCAGUGGCACGUUGUCAGCUUAGUUGGUGGGCGUGUUGUUGCCGCAAACCGACUAACAGGAUCUAUCAUAUACGACCAGGUGGUGCUGGAUCCGGGGCAGAAGGCACUGGGCCUGUACGUGGACCAACAGAAGAAUACAUUCUGGCUUUUCACGACCCAGGAGAUCUUUGAGAUCGUUGUACGAGACGAAGACCGGGACAUAUGGCGGAUCAUGCUACAAAGACAGCAAUUCGAUACCGCGUUGAAAUAUGCUCAUACGCUCACUCAGAAAGACGCGAUAGCGACAGCGUCUGGAGAUUAUAUGGCUGAGAAAGGUCUCUAUGUCGAGGCUGCUGGGGUCUAUGGCACGAGCAGCAAGCCGUUCGAAGAGGUCGCUCUAGCCUUUAUUGACAAUGGUCAAAACGAUGCCUUGAGGAAGUAUCUCUUGACAAAACUUGCCACAUAUAAGAAGUCAUACGUUAUGCAGAGGAUGAUGAUAGCAACAUGGCUGGUGGAAGUGUUCAUGGCGAAGUUGAACUCGCUCGAGGAUACCAUCACAUUGGAGGCCGAGAUGGUUGAGAGCAGGAACAAAAAUCAGUCGCCGCAACAGCUUGAUGCAGUCCGAAGGGAGUUCCACGACUUCGUCAACAAGCACAAGUCCGAGCUGGACCGCAAGACGAUAUACGACGUUAUCAGCAGCCACGCACGGGAAGACGAGCUUCUCUUCUUCGCAAACGCCAUCAACGACUACAACUACGAGCUCUCCUAUUGGGUACAGCGAGAGAGGUGGACGGAAACCCUGAAUGUGCUUAAGAAGCAAACAGAUCCGGACGUCUUCUACCGGUAUAGCAGUGUACUAAUGACACAUGUCGCUCACGAAUUGGUUCAACUCCUAAUGCGGCAAUCGGCUCUGGAGCCUCAGAAAAUCAUUCCAGCCCUGCUGGAUUACAAUCGUAAUUUCUCGGGGUCACUCUCACAGAACCAGGCGGUGCGAUACCUUCAAUUUACCAUCAACCAACUUCAAUCCACCGAUGCUGCUGUGCACAACACCCUUGUAUCUAUCUACGCUUCUCACGAGUCGAAAGACGAGGCCGGUCUCUUGGCCUACCUGGAACAGCAAGGGGAGGAACCUCACUUCGACCCGGAUUUCGCCCUACGCCUGUGCAUACAACACAAGCGAACUUUAUCAUGCGUACAUAUCUAUACUAACAUGGGGCAAUACAUCCAAGCCGUUGACCUUGCUCUAUCUCACAAUGAGACUGAAUAUGCUUCGAUCAUUGCAGAUCGGCCAAUGUCCAAUCCGGGUUUACGGAAGAAGCUCUGGCUCGCAGUGGCAAAAAAGGUCAUUUCACAGUCCAACGGCAUCAGGACGGCCAUCGAGUUCCUCAAGCGAUGCGACCUGCUCAAGAUCGAGGAUCUGAUACCGUUCUUCCCCGAUUUCGUGGUGAUCGACGACUUUAAGGACGAGAUCUGCAACGCGCUCGAGGACUACUCGCGCAACAUCGACGGGCUCAAGAAGGAGAUGGACGAGAGCUCGCAGACGGCGGCCAACAUCAAGGUGGACAUCGCGGGCUUGGACCACCGCUACGCCAUCGUCGACCCGGGCGAGAAGUGCUACGUGUGCGGGCUGCCGCUGCUCAGCCGUCAGUUCUUCGUCUUCCCUUGCCAGCACUCGUUCCACUCCGACUGCCUAGGCCGAAAGGUGCUCGAGCAGGCCGGCGUGGCAAAGAGUCGGCGCAUCAGGGAGUGCCAGGUCUCCAUCAGCAAGGGCCUCGUCAGCGGCGCGCAAAAGGACGCCAUGGUCGCGGAGCUCGACGCGCUCGUGGCUUCGGCUUGUAUCCUGUGUAGCGAGUACGCCAUCAAACGUAUCGACGAGCCCUUCAUCGGGCCGGACGACAACAAGAAUGAAUGGGCUCUGUGA